AUGUUCGUCUACAAGAGAGAUGGACGCAAAGAACGCGUGCAGUUCGACAAAAUUACCGCACGUGUCUCGAGGCUCUGUUACGGCCUUGAUCCCGAGCACGUCGAUGCUGCUGCUAUCACUCAGAAGGUUAUCUCUGGUGUCUACCAGGGUGUCGGUACCAUUGAGUUGGAUAACUUGGCUGCCGAGACUGCGGCCUACAUGACCGUCACACACCCUGACUACGCUAUCCUGGCUGCCCGUAUCGCCGUUUCCAACCUCCACAAGCAGACAAAAAAGCAAUUUUCCAUGGUCAUUUCUGAUCUCUACCACUAUGUCAACCCCAAGAACAACAAGGCUGCUCCCAUGAUCUCGAAGCAACAUUAUGAGAUUGUCAUGAAGCAUGCCGAGGAGCUCAACUCCGCCAUCGUGUACGACCGCGAUUUCAACUACAACUUCUUCGGUUUCAAGACGCUGGAGCGUUCAUAUCUUCUCCGUAUCAACGGUGCCGUUGCCGAGCGUCCUCAGCACCUGCUGAUGCGUGUUGCCGUUGGAAUUCACGGUGAAGAUAUCGAGAAGGCCAUUGAGACCUACCACUUGAUGUCCCAGAAGUACUUCACACACGCAUCCCCUACCCUCUUCAACGCCGCUACUCCUUCGCCCCAGCUUGCUUCUUGCUUCUUGGUCGAUAUGAGUGCAGACAGCAUCGAGGGUAUCUACGAUACUCUCAAGACUUGUGCCAUGAUCUCUAAGACCGCUGGUGGUAUCGGUCUGAACGUCCACCGCAUCCGUGCUACCGGCUCUUACAUCGGUGGAACUAACGGUUCUUCCAACGGUAUUGUUCCUAUGCUGCGUGUGUACAACAACACCGCUCGAUACGUCGACCAGGGUGGUAACAAGCGCCCUGGUGCGUUCGCCAUCUACCUUGAGCCGUGGCACGCCGAUGUGUUCGAGUUCCUCGACCUCCGCAAGAACCACGGAAAGGAGGAAGUUCGUGCCCGCGAUCUCUUCUAUGCCUUGUGGACCCCCGAUCUGUUCAUGAAGCGUGUUGAGCAGAACGGUGACUGGACCCUCUUCUGUCCCCACGAAGCUCCCGGCAUGGCCGAUGUCUAUGGUGACGAGUUCGAGGCACUCUACGAGAAAUACGAGCGCGAGGGCCGUGGUCGCAAGACCAUCAAGGCUCAGAAGCUCUGGUACGCCAUUCUGGAGGCCCAAACUGAGACUGGUAACCCGUUCAUGCUGUACAAGGAUGCCUGCAACAGGAAGAGCAACCAGAAGAACCUUGGCACCAUCCGCAGCUCCAACCUGUGCACUGAGAUCAUCGAGUACAGUGCCCCUGAUGAGGUGGCAGUUUGCAACUUGGCCUCCCUGGCCCUGCCCACCUACGUUGAUGCUGCCCGUGGCGAGUUUGACUUCGGCAGGCUCCACGAGGUUGUCCAAGUUCUCGUUCACAACUUGAACAAGAUCAUCGAAGUCAACUACUACCCUGUCCCUGAGGCAAAGAAGAGCAACUUCCGUCACCGUCCUAUCGCUCUCGGUGUCAACGGUCUUGCCGAUGCCUUCCUGGCUCUGCGUCUGCCUUUCGAUUCCCCCGAGGCCAGGCAGCUGAACAUCCAGAUCUUCGAGACCAUCUACCACGGUGCUCUCACUGCCUCGUGCGAUCUCGCCAAGAAGCUCGGCACCUACGAGACCUACCCCGGAUCUCCCGUCUCGCAGGGCAUCUUGCAGUACGACAUGUGGGACCGCACCCCCACCGACCUCUGGGACUGGGCCUCCCUCAAGGCCAAGAUCGCCGAGCACGGUGUCCGCAACAGUCUCCUCGUUGCCCCCAUGCCCACAGCCAGCACCAGUCAGAUCCUCGGCUUCAACGAGUGCUUCGAGCCCUACACCUCGAACAUUUACUCCCGCCGUGUCCUGGCUGGUGAGUUCCAGGUCGUCAACCCUUGGCUUCUCAAGGAUCUCGUCGACCUCGGUCUGUGGUCCGACAACAUGAAGAACCGCAUCAUCGCCGACGGCGGUUCCGUCCAGAACAUUCCCAACAUCCCCGCCGACAUUAAGGCCCUUUACAAGACCGUCUGGGAAAUUUCCCAGCGUAACAUCUUGCAGAUGGCUGCUGACCGUGGUGCCUUCAUUGAUCAGUCUCAAUCCCUCAACAUCCACUUGAAGGAGCCUACCAUGGGCAAGCUCACCAGUAUGCACUUCGCCGGCUGGAAGAUGGGUCUCAAGACUGGAAUGUACUACCUCCGUACCAUGGCCGCUUCUGCCCCUAUCCAGUUCACCGUCGACCAGGAGCAGCUUAAGGUCGAGGACACCAAUGUCGCUCGCUCGAAGAAGCGUGUCGGUGGCAACGCCGCUGCUUCCUACUCCGCUGUUCCUCGCGCCGAGGCUGUCCCCGCUUCUGUUGUCCCCAUCCAGGAGGCUCCUCGCACUGUUGUUGUUGAAGCUGCUGUCCCUGCUGAGGUCCCGGCCGAGGUCGAGCCUAAGGAUGCCGAUGCUAAAACCGAGGUUGAUAUCUACUCCGACGCUGUUCUGCAAUGCAGCAUUGAGAACAAGGAGGAUUGUCUCAUGUGCUCUGGCUAG